AGGACAACUAAUUCAUGCAAAGAAGCAUAAUUAUUCUACGUUCCAGAGUAGAUAAUUUCAGUAUACAACACCUAGAAAAUAUUUAUUGACUGCAAAUAAAUUUAAUUUUUAAUAUAGGGGACAGGUGGUUUCAUUCAAUUACUUAACAAAACAUAAUUUCUAGAUACAUCUACAUUUUUGACGUAGACUACCUUUUAUCGGACAAUAGAAAAUGUUCAAUCUUCCCAAAACACGAUUUCAUAAUAAGGUUAACAUAGCUAAUAUUUUAUGCUUUCAUGGGUUUUGUCACAUAUCAUCAACGAAAUCAACGGACAACUGCAAUCAGUAACGGACAAUACCGUCACCCAGUAGGAGACAUCAAAAUUCUAAUGGGUGACAUGAAUGCCAAUCUGGAAGAAGACAACACAGGAAGACAACUCAUCAUGGGUCGAGAAACACUUAGUGAAACGAUGAAUGAGAAUGGAGAACUGUUUGCAGACCUCUGUGCAUCCAACGAUUUGGUGAUUGGAGGCAAGGAUAUUCACAAAGCGACAUGCAUUCAACUUCACCACUCAGACAUACUACACGAAAAAUCAGAUCGACCUCAUUUCAAUGUGAGGAAAGUGGAGACUUAGCCUACUGGACACUAAAAAACCAGAUGGAUAAGAGGAGCAGAUGUAGGUUCAUAACAUUCACUAUCGAGUGCGAAGAAACUUCAAAAGCAGUAGAAAGCUUCAAAUAAUUGGGUGAUAGACCACAGUUCACGUUUGACGCCUGAAGCAGAAACUGAAGGACGAAUUUAC